GUUUUGCGGCACUUGGGGCAAGUGGACAGCUCGUCCGCCUUGGCCUCCCAGCACUGAACGAUGCAAACCUGGCAGAAGUGGUGUCCGCACUCGAGGAUGACGGGAUCGCGGAAGAUCUCCAGACACACCGGACAGGAAGCGGAGCGGCUGGAGCUGUGGUGCGGCCGACACAACCUGGAGCUGAACACGCUCAAGACUGUAGAGAUGAUCGUGGACUUCAGGAGGCAUCCUUCGCCACAGCUGCCCCUCACGUUGUCCAGCUGCCUUGUGUCAACCGUCGAGACCUUCGAGUUCCUGGGAAUUACAAUCUCUCAGGACCUGAAGUGGGCGACCAACAUCAACUCCGUCCUAAAAAAGGCCCAGCAGAGGAUGUACUUCCUGCGGCUUCUGAGAAAGCACAGCCUGCCACCGGAGCUGCUGAGACAGUUCUACACAGCGGUCAUCGAAUCAGUCCUGUGUUCUUCCAUCACAGUCUGGUUUGGUGCUGCUACAAAAAAGGACAAACUCCUACUGCAACAGACUAUCAAAACUGCUGAAAGGAUUGUCGGUACCCCCCUACCCACCAUUGAGGACUUGCACGCUGCCAGAACUAAGACAAGGGCGUGCAAAAUCCUCUCUGACCCUCCGCACCCCGGUCACCAGCUCUUCCAGCUCCUUCCCUCAGGUUUGACCGUCUAGUCCUCGGAGAGCUCGACCAGGACUUCUCCAAGUGCCGUGAUUUCUUUUAUAAGAAAACGCCACCAAAGGUUCUAAACGCGGCGGGACACCAGCCCAUAUGCCAGCGCUUUGAAAACCAGUACCGAUUUGCCAGCUUUUACCACCGUCAGCAUCGCACGCCUUUGUAUUCGGCGUACAUAAUCAGCUCUUCGGAUGAGAAACGUCCCAAUUCCACCUGGAUGUAUGAGCCACAGUUGACAUUUUCCCACGCUGGCCCGGAAAUGGAACCAUUCAACACACCAGUGGAUCAGAAUGUGAUAGAAAGUCAAGCAGUGCUUCAGGAUUACAAGAAUUCCAACUACACCAAGGGCCAUCUAAAUCCCAGCAUGCACCAGAAGACAAGGGAAGACCGUGUGGCCACGUUCACCCUGACCAAUAUUGUCCCUCAGAUGGCGGGCUCCAAUUCGGGUCCCUGGAAUUCCUUGGAGAAACAAGUGCUAAGGAAGUUCAAGGCCUUCUGUGAGGGCCCCAUGUAUGUGAUCACAGGGGCCAUGCCUUAUGCAAAUGGCACUCGCUGGAUCAGGAACAGGGUGUCUAUUCCUGAGUACAUGUGGUCCGCCUACUGCUGUCCAUCCUAUAAGGCCAAGCUCCCUCGGGAUGUCCGGCCGCUGUUUCCAACGUAUGCCGCUGUUGGCAGAAACGAUUGUGACAGCGGCGAGGAGAUUGUGCCAGUGAACCCCAAAUUGAGGCGCUCGCUGCAGGGCUACGAUGUGAGGAAGAUGCCCCUGGAAACCCUGGAGAGCAUCCUGGCACAAAGGCUGGCCAUGUCCAUCAGUUUGUUUGACGGCCAGUGUCAGUAACUAUGCAUACUGUAAUCAACUGGUUUUUUGUUUACUAUCUUUAAUCAAUAAUGUAAUCAAAUUCAUCAUUCUGUUCUGAAUUGCUUAUCCCAAUAUUUUUUGAAUGUAACAUGACUGAAAAUUGCAAUUCGUAUAUUUUUGAUCUUACAAUAAAUCUAAACUGCAACUUGCCAAGUGUUUUUUUUUUCCCCCAUUCCUAUUAAUUUUUCACUAGCAACUGUGUUUAGUCUUAAAAUGGUUAACCAUUCGUACUGUGUAAUGUAUUUAGUUAAGGUCACUGAUGGUGGUGAUUUACUCACCUGACUUCUGUGCAGGCAGUGUGUUCAGUUCCCACUCAGUAAGUGUGUAAAUGGUUGUCUCGCUAUAUUUACCCUGUGAUUGACUGGCGACCAGUCCAGGGUG